UUUCGUGCAAAAUCCUUGAUUCUAGGGCCUUCUAAGAUGUUACUUGACUAACUCAUUCUAAAAGAAAGAUUUGGAAUGCUUUUUAAGGGAGGUAUCAUGUUCUUAGUUAUUGGAAACAACAUAAAUUCUAAUGAACUUUAAAUUUUAAUUUUUUUUGGCUCAAAAGUUGGAGGAGGCAGCUGCCUCCUCCGCCUCCAUGUAAUUUACGACCCUGGUUUGUCUAUUUUGUAUUCUAUCCUAUUUAGAACUCGAUGCAUGAGUGAAUAUACUGAAAAAUACGUUUUUUAUUAUUUUUUUUGGUACAAAGUUUCGGUCAAUAGAAAGUGUUUGAUUUGUUUAUAGAUUUUUUUUAUACGAAGUAGCGAUCGAAGUACGAAAUGACCGGGGUACGAAGUGGUCAGGGUGGAAAGUGACUGUACUUUGAUUUCAUAGAUGUCUUUCAUGGUGGCGGGAUAGUGAGAUUUAGAAAACACAGGAGUAUUUCAAUUUGUAUGAGAAUGGAAGAGGUGGAGGAGGUGCCUACGUUGAAGAAGCAGCCCUCGAGAUGCAGGCGUGGACUAGCAUCAAGACUGGCUGCUAAAAAUAAAGAUAUCUCGGAAGACAGGUGUUCCUCGGAAAUCAGUGAGAAGUCUGCAGUGUAUUCCACACAGGUGUCACGCAUGCUAAACAAGCGGGGGAUUUCUAGUGUUCUGCAAUUUCAAUGUCUGUUGUCAGGUGAUGAUAGUGAUGAAAAUGAUGAUGACGUAAUUUGCAACAAGAAAGCCAAAUCAAAAACGCAGACACGAGAAGUUCCAGAGCUGUGUACUGUUAUCUCGGACGAUGAGGAGGAGCUUCGUUGCACACCUCUGGACAAACUACCAUCAGUGAUCGACUGUAUAAAGUCUCCCUCCCCACCCCCUCCCCCAGAACCUUUGCCUCUAGCACCUAUUCUCACCAAGCAACCCUCCAUGACAAGGGCUAUGAAAAAAGCCAUGAAACAGCUGUCAGAAGCCAAAUCUUACCUCCAGAAGGACUCUGCCAUUUUGAACACGUCCUGCCAGGACACAGAUGAUGUGAUAUGUCUUGAUGAUUCUCACGAUGAAAAUUCAAUAUUUUUCUUUGUCCAGUGCAAUGCGGAGUUAAAGAAGCACAGAAUGGGAAAGUGGGAGCCAUUCAAGACUUUGGUAGAUACCCUGUCUAUUCAGCAGAAUAUUCCUGUCAGUGACAUCAUGUUGUCACUGAAUGAUGUCACAGUCCAUCCCUCUGAGACCCCUUCGUCAGUCAAACUCAAGUCUGCAGACAUUUUAGUCAUGUACAAGAACUCUGGAAAAGAUGUAGAAGCAGAGGACAUCAAUCUGUCAGGGAUUCAACUGUUUGUCCAAAGCCGAAACUCCAAGAAGAAGCUGGAGUUUAAAAUUGAUCCAAUGGCUCCUCUACAGGUACUAAUCAAUAAAUACUGUAUACAAAUAAAAACAGAUCCCGGGAAUUAUCAUCUGCAGUUUGACGGGGAGGAUGUCCGUCCACAGGACACCCCUACGGACUUAGACCUGGAAGAAGGCUACUGCCUGGACAUUAUAGAGACCACAUGACCAAAGGACAGUUCUGCAGCUGUGUAGGUUAUCAGGAAACUGACUUUGAUUGGUGCUGGUGUGUGGGUCACAGGUGCCCUCGGAGCUGACCAGACCGAUAGUAUCAAAUCAUAUUCUAAAUAUCAUUCAUGAUAAAGUACUGUACUUAAACUAUAUAGAGUAUGUGAAUAAGCCUCAUUACAUGAUUUAUACCUUGUUAAAAUACCUGUACAACCAAAUAUGGGCAUGUUAUAAUUUUUGUAUUAAACAAAACAAUCAUUGCAAUGUGUUGAAUUUUGCCAAUUUAGACAUAUCUAACUUCAUUGACUGAAAUUCAACACCAUUAGAAUGAUUGAAACUCAACACCUAUAGAAAUAUCUUGCUUCAUUGAAUGAAUUUUAACACUUGUAGAAAUAAUUAGCUUCACUAUUGGCUUGAAAAUCGACAUCUUUUCACAUUUGAAGUAACAGUUAAAUGUUGAUAGCAAGUACUUCAAAGAGGAAAAAAUUUGCCCACCUGCCUACCCAAUUCGUUUACUUUAUGCAAGUACCUAAUAUUGCAAAAUGACACAUAGACAUCAAAUUGAAAAACGAGCAAGUUAUUUUCGUGCUUGCUGCUUCUUGCUAUGUAUUAAAUCCCUGUAUUUGCAGUAGGGUCAAACUAUCGUGUUGUUUAACUCUGGGAAAACAUGAGGAAUAUACACCACAUCAUUAACAUGCUAUUGGGCUAUUGUGACUUUGUAAUUUCUCUUGUAUAACACAUUUGAUUGGUUUAUUUGACUUUAUCAACAUUCUGGUGGAUGUUAUAUAAAUUAAGAUGCUGUUAAAUGAUGUCAUAUGCCGGUCUGGGAAAUGACAGACAUCCGAUAAUACUGGUUUCUCUUGCUUCCAUUUAUGUUGCUCCACAUCAUGGAGAAUCAAGAUUUUCUUUAGAAUUAUCAAAUGCAUUUAAGGAGGAAUAACACACCAUCACUAUGGUUGACUUCUUUAAAGACAUGAAUGAAAACAUCGGCAUAUAUUCCUUUUCAGUCUGACUAGAUAGCUCAGUAGGUUAUUGGGUUGACUUUAGAUCGAGGGUUCCAGUUUCUUAUAAUAUUUCUUCAACUAAAACGACAUUUGCUAACUAAAAUAAGAUGAAUUUACGUUUUUGUUUUUAAAAAUGUACACAUCCUUCAUAUUCCAUCCAUAGCCGAUUUCUCUGGAGUGCUAUUCUUCCUUAACUCUGAUUUGUUUCAUGCAAUAUAUGGCAAGUCUACACUUUGUAGUUCCUAAUGUGUAAACUGCCACAACUUACUUUAUAUCGUAUAAAACAGACUACUUUCGCCAUUUAAUUUUUCAUAUCUAAAUUGUUGCGCAUGUUUGCCUUUUACUCAUGUUGGUUCAUCUAUUAAUGCCAUUAUAGAAGGUUGACUUUUUUGAUGCUGUAUAUACCCAAGUAUAUGUAUUUCAUUGGGAUUAUUUAUAAUAAAGUAUCUGUUGAAUUG